AAAAAUCCCGUCAUAUAUGUAUGUUUAUAGUUUCUUAAACUCCAUAAUAAACACAAAGAAACAUAAAUAAACAUCGAAAUUAAAAAAACAAUUCAAAUUAAAAUAUGUGAUUGAAGGUGUGGAAAAAUCCGUGCGUACUCCGUCGUGUGCCCAACAGUUACAGGUAUACGGGUAGGAUGUCUGUAAGAAGGGAAGUCCUCGCCUUCCCCACGGACCCCCAACCGUCCCCCAACGACCCCCUGCGGGAGGUAUUCGAGGCCUGCAAGUCGGGCGACAUCGCCAAGGUCAGGAAACUCAUCACCCCGGCCACGGUCAACGCCAGGGACACGGCCGGCAGGAAAUCCACCCCUUUGCACUUCGCAGCAGGAUACGGUCGAAGGGACGUGGUGGAGUUCCUGUUGUCGUGCGGUGCUUCGAUACAGGCGCGCGACGACGGCGGUUUGCACCCCCUGCACAACGCCUGCUCCUUCGGGCACGCCGACGUCGUCAGGAUAUUACUCGAGGCCGGGGCCAAUCCUAACACGAGGGACAAUUGGAACUACACGCCUCUACACGAGGCGGCCAUUAAGGGAAAAAUCGACGUGUGCCUCGCCCUUCUGCAACACGGCGCCGACGUCGGCAUACGCAACGCCGAAGGCAAGACGCCGCUGGAGGUGGCCGACGCCGCCUGUCGGCCCGUCCUCACCGGCGAACAUCGCAAGGACGAGGUGCUGGAGGCGGCGCGCGCCGGCGCCGAGGCCAGCCUACUGGCCCUGCUCAAUCCGCUCAACGUCAACUGUCACGCCGGCGACGGGCGCCGCUCGACGCCGCUCCACCUCGCCGCCGGCUACAAUCGCAACGGCGUCGUGCAGCUGUUGCUGCGCCACGGCGCCGACGUCCACGCCAAGGACAAAGGGGGGCUGGUGCCGUUGCACAACGCCUGCUCGUACGGGCACUUCGAGGUGACCGAGAUGUUGAUCAAGCACGGCGCCGACGUCAACGCCAACGAUCUGUGGGCGUUUACGCCGUUGCACGAGGCCGCUUCGAAAUGUCGCACCGAAGUCUGUUCGUUGUUGCUGGCCGAAGGGGCCGAUCCGCACCGGUUGAAUUGCCACGGGAAAUCGGCCAUCGACGUCGCCCCCACCAGGGAGCUACAGGACCGGUUGGCUUACGAAUACAAGGGUCACCUGUUGCUGGAGGCGGCCCGACAGGCGGACUUGACGAAAUUAAAGAAAUACCUGUCGCCCGAAAUGGUCGGUUUCAAGCACCCGUUUACGGGCGAUACGGCCCUGCACGCGGCCGUCUCGUCCGUCUACCCCAAAAGGAAACAAGUCUUGGAAACGUUGAUCCGUAAAGGAGCGCCGUUGAACGAGAAAAACAAGGACUUCCUGACGGCGUUGCACGCCGCCUGCGACCGCUCCCACCUCGACCUGGCCGACGUCCUGCUGCGUCACGGCGCCAAGCCGAACGCCCUCGACGGCCUCGGCCAGACGGCGUUGCACCGGAGCGCGCGCGACGACAACGCCGCCGCCUGCCGCCUCCUCCUGUCGUACGGCGCCGACGCCGCCGUCGUGUCGUUGCAGGGCCGGACGGCCGCCCAGACGGCCGGCGGCGACGAGGCGCUGAAGGCGUUGCGCGAACCGGCGCCGGCCGGCGUCGGUGUCCAAUUGGGCGGCGGGGGCGGCGGCGGAGCGCAAUCGGGCGCCGACGCCGAGAGCCGUCUGUUGGAGGCGGCCAAAGCGGGCGACGCGGAGACGGCCGAGAGGCUGUUGGGCGCCGGCGGGCACAUCGUCAAUUGCCGGGAUUUGGACGGGCGCCAUUCGACGCCGUUGCAUUUCGCCGCCGGUUAUAAUCGUGUGGCCGUGGUCGAGUUGUUGUUGCGCCACGGCGCCGACGUGCACGCCAAAGAUAAAGGUGGGCUUGUACCGUUGCACAACGCAUGCUCGUACGGACAUUACGAGGUGACCGAAUUAUUGGUGAAGCACGGCGCAAGCGUCAACGUGGCGGAUCUCUGGAAAUUUACGCCAUUACACGAGGCGGCCGCCAAAGGGAAAUACGAAAUCGUCAAAUUACUGCUCAAGCACGGCGCCGAUCCGAGCAAAAAGAACAGGGACGGCGCGACGCCGUUGGAUUUGGUGAAAGAGGGCGACCAGGACGUGGCCGAUUUGCUGAAGGGCAACGCCGCCCUUUUGGACGCCGCCAAAAAGGGCAAUUUGGCGCGCGUCCAACGAUUGGUCACGGUCGAUAACAUCAAUUGCAGGGACGCGCAGGGCAGGAAUUCGACGCCGUUACAUUUGGCCGCGGGUUACAACAACGUAGAAGUGGCUGAAUUCCUGUUGGAAAACGGCGCCGACGUGAACGCCCAAGACAAGGGCGGCUUGAUUCCGUUGCACAACGCCUCGAGUUACGGUCAUUUGGACAUAGCCGCCUUGUUGAUUAAAUUCGAUACGGUGGUAAACGCCACCGAUAAAUGGGGUUUCACCCCAUUGCACGAGGCCGCGCAAAAGGGUCGCACGCAAUUGUGCGCCCUAUUGCUGGCGCACGGCGCCGAUCCGUUCCUGAAGAACCAAGAGGGCCAGGCGCCGCUCGAUCUUUGCGCCGCCGACGACGUCAAAUGCCUGCUGCAGGACGCGAUGGCGUCGCAACAGGACGCCGCCGCCGCCGCCUCGUCGGGUCCGGCGCCGGCGCCGUCGCCGCCGCUGCCGCCGGCCGCCUUCGAGACGGUCAUUAUGCCUUCGGGCGUGGCGGUGCAGCUGCCGGCGCCGUCGCCGGGCGUCGUCGUCUCGACGCCGGUGCGGGCGAAAGAGACGGACAAGGAGGAGGAGCGCGAUGAGGGCGAGGAGGAUUUCGGCGUCGGGAAUUUCCUGGCCAGCUUGAAUUUGGAACAUUUGGGCGAUAUCUUCCAGAGGGAACAGAUCAGUUUGGAUAUUUUGGCUGAGAUGUCGCACGACGAUUUGAAGCAAAUCGGGGUGAACGCGUACGGGUUGAGGCACAAGUUGAUUAAAGGAAUGGAACGUUUGUUGUCGAAUACCGGGGAGUUUGUGUGCGCUACGCCUUCGAAUACCGGCACGUUACUGGUCGAUUUGCUGACCGACGAUAAGGAAUUCAUUACAGUCGAAGAGGAAAUGCAAAACAGCAUCAGAGAGCACAGGGACAACGGCCACGCCGGCGGCGUUUUCACCCAAUACAACAUCAUCAGGAUCCAGAAAAUCCAAAAUCGCAAAUUGUGGGAGCGGUACGCGCACCGGCGCAAAGAGGUGGCCGAAGAGAACGGCAACCAAUCGAACGAGCGGAUGUUGUUCCACGGCAGCCCGUUCGUCAACGCCAUCGUCCAGAAGGGUUUCGACGAGCGGCACGCCUACAUCGGCGGCAUGUUCGGCGCCGGCAUCUAUUUCGCCGAGCACUCGUCGAAGAGCAACCAGUACGUGUACGGGAUCGGCGGCGGCACCGGCUGUCCCGCACACAAGGAUAGGAGUUGCUAUUCGUGUCACAGGCAUUUGUUACUCUGUCGGGUGACGUUGGGAAAAUCGUUUUUGCAAUUGAGCGCGAUGAAGAUGGCGCACGCGCCGCCCGGGCACCAUUCGGUGGCCGGUAGACCGUCGUUGGGAGGGCUCAAUUUUCCCGAAUACGUCGUUUAUAGAGGCGAGCAGGCCUACCCGGAGUACAAAAUCACCUAUCAAAUUUGCAAGCCCGAAGAGCUGAAGCCCAAUGCCGAUUCAUCGGAAAUUAGGUGAUUCCCGGAUCAUUUGCCGAUGGUCCGGCUGGGCUCGAGCCUGAGAUCGUUGGUCUGCGGGCUAUUUUGCAAGACUUUGAGCUGCUUCGAGACGACGAAAAGUAGGCGGUGCAAUUGCGAAAACAAUUGACGAAAAAUUAGGCAAUCAAACGGAUAAAAUAAAAUGAAAAUGAAAUAGGAGCGAAUUAUCUGGAAACGUCUCGCGACGACGACAUAUAUUUAUUGUGUUCAAAAUCUACGAUUAGUUUGUCUGUGAAUAUUUUAGAAAUAAAUUUUGAUAUUGUUUAUGUAAAUAUAUAUAUAUAUAUAUAUAUAGCAUAAUAUGCACGUUUUUCUUGUUUUAUUAAUAAAAUAAAAUGAGUAAAAAUCACAAACAAAACGCACUUAUUUUAUAUCUGUCCGAUUAAUAAAACGAAUUUACCCGAUUAUCAUUAUAAUUUAUUCAUGUACAAAAUUUAACUAACCUCAUUCGAAGCGGAAGAGGCGCCGCCUCUGUUCGUUUCAUCUUUCUUCGCCUCUGCGUCGAUUUUCUUAUGUUCCGUUGCCACGCGAAGCCUCAAUUCAUCCUAAAACAAAUUUAAAUUCACUCUACUAUAUACAAAAGAUGGAACGAUGAACAUUCUACUGUAGCCGUAGAACUACCGAGGAGUAGGUUAAAAAAGAUAGCAGAACUCCUAACGGGAAAGCACAUUUAUAACCUAGGUUUAGAGGGAAAGUUCCCUUUGCAGGAGCAAAUUAGUAUAGAUUCAGAGUAGAUUAGUGUAGACCACAACAGGGUAGGAUAGAUUUAGAGUAGGUUAGUGUACAAAAGAGUAGUGUAUUGUAGAAUAGUGUAGAUUCAGAAUAGAUUAGUGUAGAAUACAGAAGAAUAGUGUAGAUAAGUAUAGAUUCAGAGUAGAUUACAGUAGAGUAUAAUAGUGUAGAAGGAGUAGUGUAUAUUCAGAGUAGAUUAGUAUAGAGUACAAGAAAAUAGUGUAUUGUAGAAUAGCAUAGAUUUAGUGUAGAUUCCUUUAUAACCUAGGUUUAGAGAGGGAAAGUACCCUUUGCAAGAGCAGAUUAGUUUAUUUCGAUACACUUACGCCCCAUCCAAGUUUAUCGGCCAACAGUAGACAUCCCUCGUCGCAGUCGCCCAACCAACAGACGUCUCUCCUGUUGUUUUUACUAUCGAAUUCCAAUCCCCCGUCCAUUCCCAACAUCGACAUGACGCCGCUCCUUUGGCCCGCCUUCUCCCUAUUUAUCAACAAUCUCGGCACGUCGUCUUUCACUCUAAAACAAGACA